CCCGGCGGGCAGCGCGGCGGGCACGUGACCGGAAGGGGCAGCCGGGCGCGCAGGAAGCGGAGGCACCGGAGGAGGCAGCGGAGCGGGGCAGGCGCGGCCAUGGUGUCCGGCAAGCAGCUGGCCGACUUCGGCUACAAGGCCUUCUCCGGUUCCAUGAUGCUGCUGACGGUGUACGGCGGGUACCUGUGCGGGGUCCGCGCCUACCGACUCCUCCAGCGCCGGCGAGAGAGGCAGGCGGCGGCCGGCCCCGAGAGCUGAGGGGCGGCCUGAGACUCGGGAACGCCUCGGGAUGGGGGGGGGCGCCGGGAAGCGGCUCCAUCCCCGCCCCGGGAGGUGGUGGAGAAGAAUAAAAUCGGUGUGAAAAGAGCCAAA